AUGACUAAAUUGUUAAUAUUUAUCUUAAUAGCUUUAUCCGUCUCAUAAGCUUAUGAAAUAUGUAGCACUAAAGGUGCUAUAUAAUACUAUUGUCCAGAUGGCUAAGGUUGCUGUUCUGACACUACAUGCGGUGUUUAUUGUUCAGGAGGUGGAAGCGGUGGAGGAAGUGGUUUUCCCUGGUAUGGUUAUCUUCUCAUUGGUAUAGGUGUUCUUAUUCUUAUAGCAUGUAUAAAGGCAUGUCCUAGAAUUUGCAGAAAGAAAAACAGAUAAAGACAAUAAUAAUAGCAAUUAUUGUAAGCUUGA